UAGUUAAAAGUAACGUGUACAGCGUUCCAUGAAUUUCCUUUGUAAUCGGAAAAAAUAAACAAAUAAUGUCUACAACAUGGUGCGACGGUUGUGCUUGGUGUAUCAGCUGUGGCAUGGGCCCAUUUGGGCUGAGCUAUUUCGGUCCAUUCGGCAAAACUCAGGCCGAAAAGCUCCGACGCGUCUCUUCUCAAGGCGGGAAUUCCCUUCUUCCCCGUCGGUUAACUAUGAAGACUGAUCAAGUUCUGGUCCGGUUAAAUGAUAAACUCCUGUUUUCUUCCCCUCCGUUGCAUUUCCUCCAUCCGACGAUGGCCCUCCGGAGCUCACCUCGUUCAAUGCAACAAGCAGAUCCUCGAGCUCGCAAAGCUCGGUCGAAUCUCCGAGGCCCGCCACCUGUUCGAUGAAAUGCCCCGCAGAGACGCCGUCUCUUGGAACUCCAUGAUUACUGCCUACAUAAAGAACGACCAGUUCAAGGAAGCUAGAUUGCUGUUCGAUGAUUUUCGGGGCAAGAACGUGCGGACUUGGACGGUCUUGUUGUCUGGGUAUGUGAGUAAGGGGCUUAUGCAGGACGCUUUGUCGGUUUUUGAGCUUAUGCCCGAGAGGAAUGUUGUGUCGUGGAACGUGAUGCUUAAUGGGUUUGUUCAAUCUGGUGAUUUGAAGAGGGCAAGAAAGGUUUUUGACGAAAUGCCGGAGAGAAACAUUUCUUCACGGAACACGAUGAUUAUGGGGUACUGUUCGUGUGGAUUGGUGGAGGAGGCGCGCGAGCUCUUUGAUAAGAUGGGAAAGAGGGAUUCAAUUUCAUGGGUGGUUAUGAUUGGUGGGUACGUGGAGGUUGGACAAUAUCGAGAAGCAUGGGAUUGUUUCCGAAUCAUGGUGAGGUUGAGUUUCUGCGUAGAUCAGCCAGUAUUGGUUGUGGCAGCUUCGGGUUUAGUUGGUUUGAGUGAUUUGGAGGCACUGGAGAGCUUCAGGGUCAUUCCUGUCAAAACCGGGUUUGAUGCUGAUGUGGUGGUUGGUACUGCUAUAUUGAAUGCUUAUACGAGAAUUGGGAGCUUAGAUAAGGUGGUGGAGUUUUUCGAGGCAAUGCCUGUGAGGAAUGAGUAUACGUGGACUACCAUGAUCGCUGCAUUCUCCCGAUUCCACCAAUUAAAAGACGCGAUCUCAUUGUACGAGCAAGUCACUGAGAAGUGCACCUCAGUGAAGACAACAAUGGCUGCAGCCUAUGCUCGCUCUGGGAGGAUCGACGAAGCUAGGCAAUUGUUCAAUGAGAUUAAGGAACCAAAUGUGCUCACAUGGAAUGCUAUGAUAAGUGCAUAUGCAGAGAAUGGGAUGUUCCAAGAAGCGGAGGAUACAUUCAGGAAAAUGCCACUUCGCAAUGCUGCUUCCUGGGCAGCCUUGAUUUCUGGUUUUGUGCAUAAUGGGAGAAGCAGGGAAGCUUUGGGAUUUUUCUCCAAGCUCCAUAAUUCCGGGACAUUUCCUAACCACUUGAUCUUUACUAGCUCACUGUUUGCUUGCACCGAGAUUGGAGAUAUUGAGAUAGGUAGACAAAUUCAUGGACUCACUAUCAAGAGAAGAUGUCAGUUCAAUUGUUUUGUCGGGAAUGCGCUUAUCUCUAUGUAUGCCAAGUGCAAGAAAGUGGAAGAUUUGUCCCGUACAUUUGACAAUAUGAAAGCGAGGGAUAUUGUAUCUUGGAAUUCGCUAAUUUCAGGGGUUUCGAAGAAUUGGAUGUUAGAAGACGCGAGAAUCAUCUUCGAGAGGAUGCCCAUGAGGGAUUCUGUGUCCUGGGCUGCCAUUAUAUCUGCUUAUGAGCAGGCUGGGUUGGGGGAUAUUGCACUGAGAAUUUUCAAGGACAUGAUUGAAAAAGGAAUCAAACCAACCGAAUUAGCUGUCACGAGCCUUCUCUCUGCUUGUGGAAAACUCAGUUAUGCUCAGUUGGGGAAGCAGAGUCAUGCAAUUGUAUACAAAUUAGGUUUCGAUUCAUUCUUAUUUGUUUCCAAUUCAUUACUAACAAUGUACUUCAAGUGUGGGGGGUUCGAUGGUUUUCAUAUCUUCAGAGAAAUGCCUGAACGAGAUAUCAUUUCUUGGAAUGUGAUAAUUGCUGGGUGUGCUCACAACGGGCUAGGAGAAGAAGCUCUUGAGAUGUUUGAACACAUGAAAAAAGAUGAAGGAAUUUGUCCAGAUGAGAUCACUUUUCUCGGGGCAUUAUCUGCUUGUAGUUGUGCUGGGCUUGUGGAUAAAGGGGAAGCUCUUUUCAACUCCAUGGUUAAGGAAUAUGGUAUAAGGCCUUCAGUUUAUCACUACACGGGCAUGGUCAGACUCCUUGGGAAGAUUGGGCGGCUUAAGGAAGCUAAAGAAAUGAUCGAGAAAAUGCCUGAGGAAGCUGACUCUGUGUUAUGGGAUGCUCUACUAACUGCUUCUAGGAAUCAUCACCAUCUUGAGCUCGGAAGGAGAGUAUCCGACGGGCUUCUUGCAACAGGCAUGGACAGAUAUAAUUGUGUUCCAGUACCGUAACGUGCUGAAGCGGGGCAACAACUAGA